AUGUCGGAUGGUACUACGGUGAACAGCAGUGAGCCCAUCACUCUCCUGUGCAUGACACAGCUAGCUGGUGUCGAGUUUGGCAGAGGCAAGGAAGGAGGCGAGUUGAUAGUGGGCGAGGACAUCUCUGACCUGCGUCGUGGUCUGGAUUCCGAUGAAACUGAGCUACCCGCGUCGGAUUUGUAG